GUUUUACCAAACAUUCAAUGAUAGGUUCUAUCAAAGUAGGCAAUAUAAAAGUAUAGAUGCUAAAAUGAUUAAAUGCAUUUUCUUGAGUGAAUUCCAUCACAUACAAGGACCAAUAAUCAGUCAUCAGGUAAACAAAAAUUAAGAUGUACAAAAAUUAAGGUGAGCUAGUCCAAACUAAGAAAGGCCCACAAAAUAAUAAUAAAUAAUAAUAAUAUGAUGAAGUUCAAUGUAAAUAGGCAUAGGCUAGGCAUAGGCAUAGGCCUAGACUCUAUAGCCGUCUACAACAGUCUAUUCAAGUAUUCAGGUGAAGCAGCGAUCGCUACGGUUUUCUCUUUACAGGUAGUAAGCUGAAAAUGUUUUGCCAGUCAUUUGAUCAUUUGUAUAUAUAUUAAAUAAAAGCGUUUAUGUAGGGGAUUAUAUUUGUGUGUGGAAAUAUAAUACAAAUCAACUUUGACUUUGAAGACGAAUUAAGAAAAUUAAUUUAAUUAAACUGUAAAGUUGAAGUGCAUUGAUGAUUGAUUGAGAAGACUUGACACUGACACCUGAAAAUUUAAUGAUAAAUGUAAUGUAAUCACUUCACAAAUUAAACUUUGUAAUUGGUAUCAAAAUAAAGUCGUAAGUAACGUGAUCUAUAACUAUAAUUUUAUUGUUAAUUUUAGUUUCAUUGCAAUUACUUUGAGAUGCUUUUAAAUUCUUAUUUGAUGUAUCUACUAGUUAAUAAUAAUCAAGCUCAAAAUUUUAAAUACAUCUAAAAUGCUCAAAAGCAUAUUAUCCGAAAGGGCUGGCUUUUACUUUUAGCUUUCCAUUGACACUUAGAUUAUCUCUGUCACUUUUACUACUUUUAGAAUAAAGGUUAUGAUUUUUAAAUCUUUCUUUUUUCAAUUUUAAGCCAUUUUAGCCAUGUCAAUCAUAUGAUGCAAAAUUACUAGUAUUUUAAAAUUUAGUCUGUAACUGUAACUUUCUUGUUUUAAAAGUUGCAGCAACCAAAUUUUGAGGAGAUCCUAACAAAACAAUAUUGAGAAAAAUAAAACACAUAAAUUAUCAAUUAUUUUUUUUAUUUUAUUAAAUUAAUAAUAUCAGAUAAGGAUAGCUUUUGGUGAGUAAUGACGGUUGAAACUGAUGCCUUUUUACAUAAAAUGGCAUAACUAUUCAACUAAUGAAGCUAUUUAAAUCAAUGUUUCCACAGCAACAGUGUUCAACUGAAAGUAAAGAAUUUAGUUAUUUAUUCAUUUCCACUAAAAUAAUUAACAUCUACUUUUAAAAAUGAUAGUGAUGACAAGAGAGUAAUAACCUCAGUUGAACUGCCCUGAAUGGGAAAACCUUUUCAAUACCACUUCAUUGAGUGCAUUAAAUAACAUUGUUAUUAAAUACAUGAGUCAUUUUGAAUUGCAAAUGGGAUAUCUAGUGAAUAUUGAGUGCUGGGUGGCCAAAUGGUCUAAAAUGAGUAAAUCCUAAGCUUGUGGACUGGAGCUCAAUCCCCAGAAAAAGCAUAGACAUGCAAAAACAACACCAGCCCUAUGGGUAGAUGGAACCUUGAAUGACAACUCAUCUAAGAGAAAGCAAACUCUGAAAUCAAAACCCCGUAGGUGAUAUGACAUUUGAAACAAUGAAAAUUCCAACUUCCUUAUCAUGGAAUGCAAAAAGAGCACAUUGAAACACACAAGACACACUGCUGGUCAUCUGCUGCAUCCUGGUCUAUUUCCAUUGGUUUUGACUAAGUCUUGCAUUGGAUGAAAUAGGCAAGGAAGAGAGAGUGAAGCUGACAUUGAGAAUUGAACAAAUGUCCCUCACUUUAAACAAAAAUACAGUUCAGAUCAUUGAAUAUGAAAUUUUAUUAAAAUUCUUUCUUUUGUUUGUAAAUAGCUUUCUUAAGCUACCGGUAUUAAUAAUGAUAAGAACAUUUUUUUUUAAAAUUUGUAUUUGUCAGCAUAUACAUAAAUUUGUAACUACUCAUAACUUUAAAUAUCUAAGUUGUUUUUUUUUUUUUCAGAUUCCACAAGAGUAUAUUUCCAAAGAAAUUUUUGAUGCUAUUCAGAACUUUAUUAUAACAAAGCAAGAACUUCUAAACAGAAUAAUUACUGUGUAGGUGUCACAGUUAUUUAAAUUUAAACAUUUUUAUUUACUUUUCCUGUUUAAAGCUUUAUACUUGUCCAAGGUGGCUAUGUCUUGUCAGUCCCAGAGAUAUCCUUUUCAAAAUGAACAUGAAAAGGAUUUUCUAAUUAAUUUGAAAUUAUGGCCUAUCCUGAUUUAACGUUUUUUUUCUUUUUAAUGCUGGGAAUAAAGUACUUGAGCAGGUAACAUUUUGAAUUUUUUUUAUAAACGUUUGGAAAAAACAUAGAAAUGUACAAUAAUAAAAUUCUUUUUUUUUUUUUUUUUUUUUUAAAAAUUUAUUGAUUUUUUAUAUUUAACAGUGUGGAUAUAACAUCCAAUUUUUACAUUUGACAUCUUUUUUUCAAUAUUAAAUGUUGUUUUGUGAAUUCAUCAAAUGUAAAUAUACAGCAAAAGAAACAUAAUAUAAAUACAUCCUUAAAAGUUCAAACAAAUGUUUAAUGAUUAAACGAGAUUUUCCAUAUUUGUGAUGUCAUGUUUCCAGGACACUUUAAAACAUAUUUCUUGAGUACCGUAGUUGCUUUCAGCAUUUAAAUUAUUAAAUCUUAAAAGAUUUUUAUUUUAAACAUAUUUUUAACAAAUUAUUCAGGACUUCCUUUGGACACAAAUUUGUUGGAUGUCCAAUCUCUAUUGACAAUGACAAAUAUAAGCGCAAUGCCUUUAUUUUCAAUGUUUGCUUUGUCUUUGAUGAAGACACCAACACAUCUGAAUAUGGUCCUGUGGUUAAAAAGCUUGCAGAUUAUUUAACACGGAUUGAGGUAAUAAAAUUAUGUUCUUCUUUCUAAUCUUUUCAAGAGUUUUUUUUUAAGAUUUGGUUUCACAUAUCCACCUGCUAAAAUUAUAUUGCAUAAUAUUAUCCAUUAUAUGUGAAAAAAAGUUAUAGUUAAAUUAUUUUAGUGAUGAUGGUAAUUUUUAGAAGAUAUUUUUUUUUGAAGUAGAGUUUUACUGUCUUAUGUGCAGUUUAAAUAUUAUAAUUAUAUAAUAUCGUUUUAAAAACAAUAGGAAAAUAAAAUACCAUGAAAAGGCUUUAUAAUUUUUAAUUUAUUUUUGCAAAUAUCUUUUGACAACAUAGGUUGAAAUCGCUUUCUUGUCUGAACCAGAAAAUACAAAAAAAGUUACAGAAUUCUUAAGAAAAGUAUUAAAUGGCCUUAAUCAAGAUGGAUGCUUUCACAUUAAUAUGGGUAUUAAAUGUUACUCUAUUUAGCUGUUAAGGGCAAUUAGAAAUAUUAGAUAAUAGUCCCUAUUGAUUUUUUUAUAUUCCAAAUUAUCUCAUCAAAAAUUAUUCUUUAAAAAAUGUGUAGCCUUUAAUGGUUUUGAAAUAACAAAAUUUAUUUGUUUCUCUUACUACAUGUUUUGAAAAAUCGUAAGUUACAAAGUGGUCAUACAUCAAAAGCCAUCCCACUUAAUAUUUUCUCAAACCAACUUUAUUAUACAAUCAGCAGUUAGUCACAAUUUUAAAUGAACAGAUCAAAAUGUAAUAUAUUUCAGCUAAUACGUGUAUGGUUCAUCUGAAGCUUGCUGUAACUAUUCAUGAACCUAUCUCUGUGGAGGACCAUGACGUGCCCAUACUUACAGCACCUAGAGAUGUGGUCAUGAAACACCAGUGGGACCUCACAACACAGCAGGUUGGAAGAAACUCUUAGCCAGUAAAUUAAUAUUUAAGAUAUGCAGUAUUUAAAGUAACACAAUCGAAAGGGUAUUUGAAGUGUUCAACAGAAGUACUAUAUAAUAUGUAUGAUGUCAUUAAUGUCAAGAAAUAUUUGCUUUAAAAAUUCUUUAUAUAGUAGCUUUUCCAUUGGUGAAUGGUAAGGCACUUUCCUGUGAAAAGAGCUACUACCCCUCAUUACAAUUUAAUUACAGAUGUGUGUUUGAAUAACCUUUAACCACUUAACCCUACUUUUAAUGUGAACACUCUCAUCAACCUAAGCAAAGGGAUACACCUGCAUUUGUUAAUAAACAUAUAUAUUUUUUUUAAAUUCUGGUUUUAAUAUUAUUUUAUUAAGUGCCCUAUAAAAAAUUAAUGAAAAAUUAAUGAAAUAAUACCGGUAAUGAAAAUGUGAAAAGUUUUAUAUCAUUAAACAGCCAAUUUGGCAAGAGUGGGUAAAGAUGUGUGAUCUUUUUAAAAACCUAGAUUGCUCUUAACUUCAGUGAAUGUUGUAAAACUGUUGGACACUUUAUUCAUUUCUUUUUCUCAAAGCUAAGGUAUCUCUAGGUUAUAAGGUAAUUCUUCAUAUGCAAAAAUUGUAUCAAAAAUCAUAUUUUUUUACCAGUUGAACUCAUACUUUUUUAGAACCCCUUCCCCUAUGCCAAUUUAAAAAUGAGCUACUCAACCUCUCACCCAUCAAUUUUCCUAUGGACAAUUAAAAUUGACAAUGCAGUUAAAAGAAGUCACAAUGAACCAUGUUAACAAUUUUUGCCAUGGGUUCUCUGUCCUUUUUGUCACCGCCAGUGGCUGUUCCGGCAACCCAGUAUCAAAAUAACUACGUUGUAUUUGUAUCUUUAUUCACAAUCUUUGGUUCCGCUAAAGGAAAUAAUUAUGUCACAGAAAUAUAUGGUGGUCUAAAUUUGUCUCUAGGUUAAAUAUUACUAUUUUGAUAUCUAGCGUGUUCAUUUGUGAAUGCAGAAAGCAACAGUAUUACAAUAAUUUUUAAACAUUUUGUUGAGAUUUUUAUAGCUUUUGAAAAAAAUUUGAAAUCAUGGAUUUCUCAGAUUUUUAGGUGACAAUUGGUUUUAUUAGAGUUAUGGUAUAAUGUGAAUAAAGAAACAUUUUUGAAUAACCAUAAAUAACAAAAUUUGAUAUGUAGGCUUGGUGACCAAAAAAAGUAGGUUAUGAGGCUGGUGUAGCUGUAUUCAUUUUGGACAAUUUUUAAAUAAAGUGUUUUCUUUAUUUUGAUCAGAUUCUCCAUUAUGUUGACGGCAUGUCACAUGUGCUUAAAAUUGCUGCAGAUGCUGAUGUUGAAUUGAAUUUAGUCAAAGCCAAUCUUCAAAAUCUCUUGUAAGAUAUGUCAUGUAAAUUUCAAGAACUAAUUUUGUAUAUUUUUAAUUUUGAGAACAAAGCUUUAAAUAGAGCAAAUCUGAAAUUCUAACUUCAAAUAGCUCUACAAUUGUUUAUAACAAUUUAAAAUUUAAGUAUUUUACACUCCUUUGAUAUCAAAGAGUGUCACUUAGUUCAUCAUGACUUGCAAAACAUUAGAUGUCUUGAAAUUUGGGGUGUUAAAAAAAAUUCUUUCAUGUGUUGAUUUACUUGUUAUAUUUAUUUUCCCUCUUGAUCCAAUUGACUUUAUUUUAAUAUUUUGUAUUUCUCCUGCAAGAUUUUUAAAUGUAUUUAGAUGUAUUGCUACUUUCCUCUCUACUUCAGACACUACAAAUUUAUGAAACUGGUCUCAAUUUUUCAGGUAAUCCUAAUGUUUGUUAAAUUUUUAAAAUGUAAAAUAACUACCCGGUAUUAUUAAAAAUAAAUAAGAACAAUGAAAGCAUUGUUCUCGUCUUCCCCGGCUUCUCCUUGCCCUCACCCCUAAUUUUAGUUGGUAAUAACUGUUAUUUCUAUUAAAUAGAUUCUCCCAAAAGCGCACGGUGGUGUUUUAAAAUUUUUUUUAUCCUAGUUACAAUACAUAUAAAUGUCAUACACAAUAUUUUUCACAUUUUUUGCUAUUUUAAAAUGCUGUAGUAUUGCAAGCUUAUUUGAAAACAAAAUUUGUUACAUUAGAAUUACAAUUGACUCUCAUUGCCAUCACUUCCUUGGUUAUAAUGCACUUACAAUACAUGGGAUUAUUCGUUUGUCACAGUACUCCAAUGUGUACACAGUGACACAAGACAUUAACAAAUUAAUGGAGGAUGUCAACCUGCAGGAAGAAUGUGUCAAGUUCGUUGCAAAAUCAGGUAAGCUUCUACAAUCCCUUCUAAGAUCAUGUUACAAUAUUUUGUCUAAUAUAUUUGCAGAAUCAAGUUGUUUUAAAAUGAUUAAAAAAACACUAUUUGUGAUUAAUACUUUUCUUUGUGAUUAGUGCUAUUAGUGUGAUUUUUUGCGUACCGGUACACUAUUUUUUAAUGUAUUUCAUUCUUUUAGAUAAAUAUGAGACAAGACAAGCAAAACUUGCAUCCCAGUUUGUUACAUUAGAUUUAUUGUCCUUUUUUUUUUAACAACUGGAUGACCCCUGUUUAUAUUUAUAGUGCCAUCAAAUUUGCUCUAUGUUUUAUUAGACCGUAGCUGUCCAGAGUUUCGAGAUGUGUUCAUGUUAUACUGUACCUUUACACCUGGGACCACAGUGAAAGAUUUAUGUGUCAGACAGAUCAACCCACACAUUCUCAAAGUGGAUGAAAGGUCAAGUCAUCGUGAUAGUGAUAGCAUUUACUAGGAUGAUGCUAAGUACACAACUGAUCUAAUGUUUUUUUAAUGUCUCCUUAGUUAUAUCUCCUUUCAUAAAAUGUUUGUUAAUUUUCAAAUUCACCUUGUUAUUGUGAAGAAAGCUAUAGAUAUAAGUUUGAUUUUUUAAAAAUCAGUAAUCAUUUGUUAUCUGAAUUUUUCUUUAAUUCUUUUAAACACUAUGAAUAUAAUUUGAAUCCAAUUUUUUAAAAUUGUUUAUUGUUGAUUGAUAAUUACAUUUUUUAUAUUAAAUAUUGGAUUAAUAUUAACUUACUUUCCUAUCCUUUGGACAUAGCAGUCUAAAAUAUAUAAGUAUAAGUCCAUUUAACAACUAAUAUGAUUCUUAAACCAGACAUUUCAGGAUUUACUUUAUAAUAUAGGGUAGUAGGUUAAAAACUACAACACUUCAGGCUAUACUUGUAAAUAUUUUUCUGUACCAGUAAAGCAUUGCGACUUUAUCAGUUUUUAACUUGACAGAAAGCUUGUGCAAUUUGGACUGAUUAAAGGUCUACUCAGACGAAUGCACAGAUAUCCAGUGGCCCUGCCAGGGGAGCAGAUAACAUGUAAGACCCAGCUGCUUCUUCGAUGGUUGGAUGGUAAACACAGUUUUGAUCAGAUAUGUUGUGAAACUGGUAAGUGCUGCCAAUACGACAUAUUUUUAUGA